AUGACCAAUCCUCAAGAUAUUGCAAACGCGUUCAAGAAUGCUGUGAACAUUUCAGGAUCACCAAAUGCGGUCUCAACAUCCCCAACGCAAUCUUAUUUGAGCCAAUAUGUUCCAUCAAAGCCAACCAAAGUGUUAAAGCCAUUCUCCACUGGUGAUAUUAAAAUACUAUUGUUGGAAAAUGUUAACCAAACAGCAAUCAACAUUUUUAAAGGACAAGGAUACCAAGUUGAAUUUUACAAAUCCUCUUUACCAGAAGAGGAAUUGUUGGAAAAAAUUAAGGAUGUACAUGCCAUUGGUAUCAGAUCAAAAACCAAAUUGACUGAAAAGAUUUUGAAACAUGCAAAGAACUUGGUUGUUAUUGGAUGUUUCUGUAUUGGUACUAAUCAAGUUGAUUUGGAUUUUGCUGCCAAGUCCGGUGUUGCUGUUUUCAAUUCACCAUUUUCCAACUCAAGAUCAGUUGCUGAAUUGGUUAUUGCCGAGAUUAUCACUUUGGCUAGACAAUUAGGAGAUAGAUCAAUCGAAAUGCAUACCGGAACUUGGAACAAAGUCAGUGCCAAAUGUUGGGAAAUCAGAGGUAAGACUUUGGGUAUCGUGGGUUAUGGUCAUAUCGGAUCCCAAUUGUCUGUUUUGGCAGAAGCUAUGGGUAUGAAUGUUAUCUAUUACGAUGUCUUGACAAUUAUGUCAUUGGGUAACUCAAAACAAGUGGGAACCUUGGAUGAAUUAUUACAAAAGGCUGUUUUUUUUACUUUACAUGUCCCCGCCACUGAAGACACCAAGAACUUAUUAAGUGCCCCACAAUUUGCUGCCAUGAAAGAUGGUGCAUAUGUGAUAAAUGCUUCUAGGGGAACCGUUGUCGACAUUCCAGCAUUGGUUCAAGCCAUGAAAGCUGGUAAGAUUGCUGGUGCUGCAUUGGAUGUGUAUCCACAUGAACCUGCCAAGAAUGGAGAAGGUUUGUUUGGCGAUGAUUUGAAUAGCUUUGCCAGUGAAUUGACCUCAUUGAGAAAUGUCAUUUUAACUCCACACAUUGGUGGUUCCACUGAGGAAGCACAAUCUGCCAUUGGUGUAGAAGUUGCAAAUGCAUUGACCAAAUAUAUUAACGAAGGUACAUCUCAAAGUGCUGUCAACUUCCCAGAGGUUUCAUUAAGACCUUUGGAUUUGGACCAACAAAACGUUGUCAGAGUAUUGUAUAUUCACCACAAUGUUCCAGGUGUUUUGAAAACAGUCAACAAUAUCUUGUCCAAUCACAAUAUUGAAAAGCAAUUCAGUGAUUCACAAGGAGACAUUGCAUACUUGAUGGCAGACAUCUCUGAUGUUGAUAUCAGUGAUAUCAAGGCAUUGUAUGAACAACUAGAACAAACCCCAUACAAGAUUGCCACCCGUUUGUUGUAUUGA